CAUGCCAAGUACACGCAUCUCACCACGCAGAAGCCCAGCAGCGACAAGGAAGCUUCCUUCCUCAUCACUGCCUUCUACCAGAGGGAGCUACUAGUGUACGCCGUGACACGCUUGGACCGGCCCUUCUCUGUCUUCCACAUCGACGCACACAUGGCCAUUCACUUCAAGAACGCGUGGAUGCGGAGAGAGCAUCCCAGGACCCUUCCCUCCUACCAGCGAUUCAACGCCACGCCAGACCAAUGGGAGCGCGCCAUGUGGCCUCUCACGCCAGGUGGCGCCAUGUCAGCUGAUGCGCUUUCGCUGAUAGCAGCGGCGGACGUGAUUGGCGAGAGGACGCACUGCCACAUGGACGGCAUGCUCAGGAACCGAGUGCAGGGGAUCCGUCUUUCCCCCGUGCCUCUCUAUACCCUUCGCCUCUCUUCACUGCACUCCCCUUUCUCCCCUGACCUCACCCCUGCCCCCACUGCCAUCACGCUUCUUCCCGCCCCAAUUCACUUCGCCGCACUCCCCCGCCGCUCUCAGCUGCGCAUGGCGGGGCUGGCAGCGCUGGACGUGAUGCAGCGCGUGCGGCGCUCAUGGGAGGCCAUGGCCAUGGCCAUGGCACGGGCACAACGCGGGGAGCAGCAAGAGGGGCGAGAGGGGGAGGAGCGAGACGAAGAGCAGGAGGAAGGCGACGAGGAGUUGGGUGUCGGCUACAAGAGCGAGGGUGGGGACAGGAUGGGCAGGGGGGAGCAAGGGAAGCUGCAGAGACCGCGGCUGCAGUCGCUGGUGAGGGAGGUGGAAGGCGAAGGGGGCAAGGGCGCAGUGGAGGGAUGGAGGGACGUGUUUGAUGUGGUGACUCGGUGGCGGCAGAUCGCCAACCCCACCGACGCCACCUUCUGGAAGCACUCCCUGCUGUCCCCAGAGCGUGUGGCAGUGCGGUCCACCACGCCCAUCCACGUGUACAAUUUCGAGACUGUCAAGUACUACCCCGUGCUCCACAGGGCAGUGGCCCUCACCAGAGCUACUCUCUUGGAGAAUGAGGAGGCAUUCGAUGCCGAUUACACUCGUUUUAGUGUGCCUCGCAGCAGCCAUGGCAGCAAGAUAGAGGCGGCAAGGGACCUGCAAGAGCUGCAUGCAGCAGUGGGGCGGGACUUCAGUGCGCUCACACUCAUCCGCAGUGCUCUGCACCCGCAGCAGCGCAUUCCAGGGACAGAAUUCCAAGUCAAGAGGACCAACCACUCCUACGACUUCUACACUGAGACCGUGAUGGAUGCAGACAGGUGGAGCAACUUCAAUGCUGAGAUGUCUGCAGCAUGGCAGUCACUGUGCACGGCAGUGUUGGAUGCGCGCACACAAACCCAGGACCCCCAGCUCUACCGCCACCGCAUUCAGCACGCCAUUCUCCGCCUCGCCUUCUUCUGGUUCCAGGUGAUGCCACUGACACGCGGGUCCGCCAUGGGAGGGAUGGUGGCGAUCCUGGGCCUUAGCAUGGCUGCUGACAUGCAGACCACCGCUCUCAUCCCCCCCAACAUGCAUGUGGACUGGGAGGCACUGCUGAGCACAAGGCACGAAGACUUUGCAGCUCAGGUGCAGCCGUGGCUAUACGCUGCAGUGCAGGCAUCGCCAUGGCAUCUCCCCCUCGUGCACCAAGUGCUCUCCACACCACGCCUCGUGCUCGCUGCUCUCACUCACAGCCUCACCUUUGAGACCACGUGCGCGGGUGGACGCCUAGGACUUGCCACGUGGCAUCAGAUGUCGCACUACGCUCUGCUGUCGCCUCCCGCCUCAGCCGCACCAUCCUUCAUCCGUCGUCCGCUUUUCUCGCCGCCCGCCUCUGUUUCCCCCGCGCCAAUCCGCCAGCCAUCCCCGCUUCCCCGGCCAGCACACGCCCAGGUCUUCUCCAUUCCCCUCCCGCGCCUCGCCCCUUUUCCCGCGAACACAAUUAAGCGGGAGCUAAACGUCAGCAAUGGGGGGAGGCGCAGCAACGGCAGGGGCUGCUGCGGAGGGAGGGCGGUGAGAUGCGCGGCUGGCGGGGCCCAGGGGAAAGGCGGGGGAAGAGGCGGGGCUGAUGCGGUGUUUGAUGAGUGGAUGCGGACGGUGGCGGAAGGGGGAGGCGGGGACGUGGCAUUGGCGCCUCUGGCGCGCAGAGAUGGCGGAGCGGGGGAGGAGAAGGGCAGGGAGUGCGAUGAGGGGUUAGCGCGGAGAGAUGGCGAACGUGCGGGAGGUUUGGCGCGGGGUGAUAGCGCAAGGGCGAGGCUGGGGGAAGGGGAUGGCGACAGCAAUGGUGACGCCAGAAGACACAAUGAUAGAAGCUGUGGUGUGGGGGAUCAUGGGGGAGGAAACGACGAUGAGCGGGAUGGGGAAGGCAUGGAGGAUUGGAUGGGAGCAGAGAGCAGCGGACUUGGUGAGUUUGGUAGAGCAGAUGGGGAAGCGGGGGACGGCGGGGAGGAAAGCUGGGACGGAGAGGGAGGGAGAGAAAGGGGGGAAGGCGGGGAGGGCGUGAGGUGGUUCGAGUGGAGGGAGUGUGUGGACGUUUUGAGGGCACAGAUGGAGGGCAGGCAGCUGCAGUGGAACGAGAGGCGCAGGCGGUUCGAGCACACAUGCACCGGGAGUGAUGGUGACCGGGGCGCUGCUAACCCUGGCGGUAACUGUGGUGGCGGUGGCAGUGUGUUCUUCCUGGCUCCGCCACUGGUCCUCCUACCUCCCACGGCACCCCAAUCACCCCAAGAGUACAUCCGCUACCUCCUCUCCCGCCCCACCCUCCCCGCGCCUUCCACCUCCCCCCUUCCGCCUUCCGCGUCCCCCCGCGCCCCCUCCCUCGCCCUGGGCUCGCACAUGGUGGCGCUGCUGUGCGCUGACUCCGCUGCCCUCGCCAUCUUCCACCAAGGCGCGCUCGCACAACACAAGGUGAUAACAGCAUACACGGUGCGGGCAAAGCAGGGGCGGUCGCAGCUGGCGCAGCAGAGGGGCAAGGGCGCAGGGCGCAUGAGUGCAGGCGCGGCCAUCCGCGCACGGGAGACCCGCCGCCUCUUCUCUGAGGUUGUGCAGCGCUGUGUGGCAUGGGAGGCGGACAUCAGACAGUGCGAGAGGCUCUUCUACAGUGGGGACGUGCGCGCGUGGAAUGAGGUGUUUGCAUGCCGAACGCCGGCCAUGCCAGUUGAGCGCAAGGACGAGCGGUGGUUGAAGGUGCCCUUUCACGUUGCCCGUCCCCGCCUCGCACAAGUGCUCCAUGUCUUCCACCGCCUCAGCCAUGGGUGCUUCGGAAUGGAGCCCAGAUGA